UGCUGGGCUGACCAAGGAGACUUCAAGAGGAUUGGGAGAGUGCGGGGGCAGCAAGCAGACGGAUUGUCCCAGAAAAGGCUCAAACACACGAGACCGGGCUGGGUCCAGGAAAGGAAGUGGGAUCUACAUCCAGGACACCAGGAGUGAUCUACAUCCAGGAGACCAAUAGUGAUCUACAUCCAGGAUACCAAGAGUGAUCUACAUCCAGGAGACCAAGAGUGAUCUACAUACAAGAGACCGAGGGUGAUCUACGUCCAGAAGACCAAGAGUGAUCCAUGUCCAGGAGACCAAGGGAGAUCUACAUCCAGGAGACCAAGGGAGAUCUACAUCCAGGAGACCAAGAGUGAUCUACAUACAAGAGACCGAGAGUGAUCUACGUCCAGAAGACCAAGAGUGAUCCAUGUCCAGGAGACCAAGGGAGAUCUACAUCCAGGAGACCAAGGGAGAUCUACGUCCAGGAGACCAAGGGAGAUCUACGUACAGGAGACCGAAAGUGAUCUACGUCCAGGAGACCAAGAGUGAUCUACGUCCAGGAGAUCAAGAGUGAUCUACGUCCAGGAAACCAAGAGUGAUCUACGUCCAGGAGACCGAAAGUGAUCUACUUUCAGGAGACCAAGAGUGAUCUACGUCCAGGAGACCAAGAGUGAUCUACGUCCAGGAGACCAAGAGUGAUCUACAUCCAGGAGACCAAAAGUGAUCUCCAUCCAGGAGACCAAGAGGGAUCUACGUCCAGGAAACCAAGAGUAAUCUACAUCCAGGAGACCAAGAGUGAUCUACAUCCAGGAGACCAAGAGUGGUCUACGUCGAGGAGACCAAGGGUGAUCUAAAUCCAGGACACCAGGAGUGAUCUACAUCCAGGAGACCAAAAGUGAUCUACAUCCAGGAGACCAAGAGUGAUCUACAUGCAGGAGACCAACGGUGAUCUACGUCCAGGAAACCAAAAAUGAUCUACAUCCAGGAGACCAAAAGUGAUCUACGUCCAGAAGACAGAAGGUGAUCUACGUCCAGGAGACCGAGGGGGCUCUACAUCCAAAAGACCAAGGUGAUCUACGUCCAAAAGAUCAGGGGUGAUCUAUGUCCAGGAGACCAAGUGUGAUCUACAUUCAAGAGACCAAAUGGAAUCUAGAUCAAUGCCAUAAAGUGUGAUCUGGAAGGAUUUCUAGAGCUAAGGGAGAGGAUUGUCGGACUUGAGGUGCAGAGCUUUGUGGUAGACACUUGGACCGUAGUCUGGGAUGUACAAAACGUCACAUAAGGGAACAUGUUCUUGGUUAUGUUGAGGAACACCGCAGCUUGUUUAACUUCUGAAGGUACCACCGCCAUAUGGAUGUAUCUCCACACAUCUGCCUGACACAUGGUGACAUCCAGCCCAUAGACGUCCCGGAGAGAUUCCUGGUUGAUUUUUCUGAUACUCUGGAUUCUUCAGGGUCCCAUGAAAGUCUUGACCCUCAGCUGUGGAUUGACGUGUGCAGCGCUGGUGCUUGACGUUAGAGCGCCCCUCAUCACGGGUGACACAGCCGCAGUCUGGUUGUGGUUUUCUGCUGAGCUCUGGGCAGUGAGGUCCUCUCAUUCUUCUUGUCCCUAUCUCCUGGAUCAGUUAUGAUGAGAAGGUCUGAAAUGUUGUGUUUGUUGACUUGUAUAUUCUACAUUAGUGGAGUCUACGCUACCAACUACCCUCCUCGAUAUAACCUGUACACAGGGGGCGCUGCACCCCAGGGACAAGUGAUGACAGCGCAGGGGGUGACACAGGCCCAGAAUGGAUUGCGGGCAGCAAGUCGGCACAGGAACUGGUGCGCUUAUGUGGUGACGCGGACGGUGACCUGUAUGGUGGAGGAUGGGGUGGAGGCCUAUGUGAAGCCUGAGUAUCAGCCAUGUGUCUGGGGUCAGAUCCAGUGUCCCCGCACUGUCGUGUACCGCAGCUACAUGAGACCCCGGUACAAGAUCGCCUACAAGACUGUGUCAGACAUGGAAUGGAAAUGCUGCCAUGGAUACUCCGGAGACGACUGCACAGAGGGACCGACCAAUGGAGCUCAGGUCACAACCACUAGGCCAAGGCCGAGGCCGGUUAGACCCAAUCUCUCCGGAUCCGGUGGAGGAAACCAUCUGAGUGGAUCUGGAGGUCAAGGAGACUCUGAGAAAGUGAAGCAACUGGAGGACAAGGUGCAACGUCUGACCAAGGAUCUGCAGAGCUUACAAUCUACAUUACAAGGGAUGACUGAAAAAUUCCAGUCUGAGAUCCGUCUUACUGUGGAAAAUGUGCUGAACGGAAAGCCGCCAGCAGACUCCAGCCAGUCCGACAUGUCCGAAAAACUCAAUGACAUUCAAACUAUCCUCACAAACCUGGACAAGAAGGUUAAGGACCAUGACCAAGAACUACUGAACCACAACAAGCCCCCUGACCGCUCCGAUAUUACAGACCUGAGAGGAGACAUCUUACGAGAGGUGGAAAGAAGGAUGCAGCAGUCAUGUUCUUCCUGUCUCUCAGGAGUGGAGGGCUUCCGGAAUCAACAAAAUGAGGACAGGGACCGCGUACGGGGGCUGGAGAAACUUAUCAAUUCUGUGGAUCAGAGAAACAGAGAAGCCGUGCAGAACAUCCAGUCCCGUGUGGUGGAGCUGACUACGCGGCUGCCGAAGGAUUGCUGCACGGAAGUCACUGAUCUGCGCAGAAGAGUAAGCGAGGCUGAAAAGAGAGCGGACACCUUAUCCGGAUCUGUCAUUGACCUGACCGUCCGUCUAGACAAGGAACUAGGGGAGGAGAACAAAAAUGAUAUCAGCCCUGGGGACACAAACCUGGACAGCCGCCUGUCAGCCAUUGAGGGGCGGAUGAAUACCACCAGCAGGACCCUCGAGGAACAUUACUACCACUACAGAGACGAGAUGAGACAUUAUUUCCAGGAUGAAAUCGAUAAACUUAAGAAUGAUCUAAAGAAUCGGAUUCAAGGAAACGACUACAAGAUCAGCAUCCUGCUCACAGAGUUCGGCAACAGUUCUGGCUUCAGAGAUGUGAUGGAGCAAAAGAUGCUGGAUUUCUCUCAUGACAUUAACUCCCUGAAAGAUCGUGUCGGAAAGAAUGAAGAUCACAUUAAAAAAAUCGGUGACGAUGUCCAGAUCCUGAGCAGCCAGGUGUCCAGCUCCGUCCACCAUUGUAGGGAGCAGUGCAGCAAGCAGAGUACAGACCUCACUGAAGCCGUGUCUGACCUGGAGAAUCGGGUGAAGCAGAACACCGACCGGAUCCAGAUCAUCCACUCUGGUGUCACCGAGCUGAGGGGAUCGGGCAACAAGAUACAAGGGACGCUGAAUGACCUGGACGACGAGCUGACCAACAUCAAGACCUUCGUGGACGCCAGUGGAGAUUCCUUUACAAAGUUAUUUAAUGACUUAAAAGAUGCCCAGGACAGGUUCACGACCACCAUCGUGGAUGACCUGGACAGGUUUGAUCUGAACAUUGCUCAGUAUCAGAAUGACACCAAUGGGAAGAUGCUGGACAUGGAGAACACUAUCGCCUCUGUUAAAAAGAUGAUCCAGUUCGACUAUCACAGCUGUGGGCAGGUCUGCUCCAACCUCCAGGAAGAAGUGGGCAAGUUAAAGGAGCAGGUGGAGGAGUGCACGGGCACCUGUCAGGCCAUCCAAAAGAAGGCCGAGGAGGGCCUGAGCGGCUCCAACAAACCCCUCGAUGGCUUCACUGUCUUCGGAGGAAGCUCCAGCGGAGAACUGAAGCAUCUACAGGGAGAACUCUCCAAUAUCAUCGUCACCUUCACGUCCUUGAACGACAGCGUUAAAGAUCUGCAAGAAAGUGUGGAGAAACAUGAGACGGACAUCCAUGACCUGGGGACCACCAAGCACAAGCUCAUCUCUGAGAUCAACAAACUCCAGGAGGAGGUGACGGAGCACAUCAAGGACAACACCGAAAGGCUGCACGUCUUCCAAAACCAAAUCAACAGCUUCAGUAACCUGGUGAUGGAGGAGAGCCAAGAGUGCCGGCGGUCUUCAGGAGGCCUAGACGACCGGGUGUCCAAGCUGGAGAACGUCUGCCUCAAGCUGGACACAGUGUCAGACAGUCUGCACAAGAUCAAGGAGACCCUGAACAAGCAUGUGACGGGCCUGUGGAGCUGCGUGCAGGAGGUGAACAGCACCCUGAGGACCCACACCGCCUGGUUCGAUAAACUGCACAAUAAGCAGCUGAAUGGAAUCAAUGGCCGACUGAACACCCUGAACAACUCCAUGAUAAUCCUCUCCUCCGAGUUCCAGAACUUCACCCUCCAGGACUUUAUGGGACCCCCAGGUUUACCAGGGCCCCCAGGACCAAUUGGGAGAACAGGGCCACAAGGUCCACAAGGGCCACAGGGACCACCUGGGAAAAAUGGAGCUCCUGGAAAGGAAGGACCUGUUGGACCACCAGGACUUCAAGGAGAACAAGGUCCAAUGGGUUUGCCGGCUGAUCUUCUUCAGGUCUCUUUCUCGGCCGCUCUCACUUAUCCAUUAACUGAGCCGGGAACUAUUGGAUUUGAUAAACUCUUGGUAAAUGACGGGAACGCCUAUGAUGCAUCAACAGGUAUCUUCACCGCACCUGUGGCCGGACGAUACUACUUCAGCGCCAUAUUAACAGGCUACAACAAUGAGAAGAUUGAAGCCGUCCUCUCCAAAUCAAACAUCGGCAUCGCCCGUGUGGACUCUGCUGGUUAUGAGCCUGAGGGCCUGGAGAAGAAGCCUCUAGUGGAGAACAAGACGCCCCCUGGUGCCCUGGCUGUCUUUAACAUUAUUCUGCAGCUGAACGCUGGGGAAACCAUCUGUAUCGACCUGGUGACCGGCCGUCUGGCCUAUUCUGACGAGCCCCUGACCAUCUUCAAUGGAAUUCUUCUCUAUGAGGGGGAGGUGGACCUGGAAUAGACCCCAUCGGUUCUGUCCUUCUGAGGAGACCGUUCCCUGUGUAAGAGGAAGGACAAAGCGUUUCCAUCUUCAGUUUAAGUAACUUUCAGCUGUGACAUCUGUUGGGGCUCAGGAAGAACAUGGGGGACCCUGUGCCCUCAGAUACUGAGCCCUGGAGAGCACCGCAGAACCGCUCCACGAGCCUGUUAUCAGUAUUAAGACCACAACGUACCUCACUCAUUCAGCCAAACCACUUACAGAUGUGAUCCGUCACCCCCACGCCUGCGGCUCCUGAGGAUCCAUGGCUGCCAAUCCAUAUAUGUGUGUUAACCCUUUUAUACAGCCCAACAUGUUCAUUAGGUGGAGCCAUAGUAACCUGGUGGGUGAAGACCUUCCAAACCCAAUGGAUGUCAAAAGUUGUGCAGUACUGGGGGGGGGGGGGGGGGAGGGUAACAGAGAUGUCUACACGACCGUAUGUGGGGAGCACUUUCAUGUUAAAGGGGGUUCUUUAAUGACUUCUAUACCCUGUCCAUUAAACGUCAUCACUAAGACCCCUACGGAUAACUGGUUGUUGGAAAGUGACUGUGCAUGGGCAACCACCACACCAAUAUGUGACCCUCUCAGGCUCAGUAGGGCUUAGACCUAUCGUCUGUCUUCAGGAUACUUUUUUACAUAUAAAUACAGUGGUGAAAAGCAGAGAAUAAAGAGUAUCUGAAGAUGUGAGACCCCGGAUGACCCCCAUGUGAGCAGCACAUACUAAGCACCACUUAUAAGUUACAUGGCCCCUACACUGCAGCUUUUUCACUGCAUAUUUAUAAGACUGGGACAUAGAUGAACGACUCAAGUAUCCUGAAGACCACAUGUACAGUACCCUGGUCACCAAGCGGGAGACCCCACACCUCACGCUCCGCACCCCCGCACAGUGCUUUUACCUAUUUAUAUAUUUAUACAGAAGCAUGAACCCCCCAUUCUCCUCUUUUAUUCUUGUAUAAAUGGACACCAGUCCCUAAUAUGAGGCUCCUGGGGUUUGAUCUUGUCCCCUGCCCCAGUCCUCAUGAAAGGAAGAAUAGAGAGGCAAGGAGACAGGAGAACCAGGACAUUUCCCAAAAUACUGCAAAUGUGACAUUGUUCUGAAGUAGCUAUAUGAGGAGCUAGAAGCCAAAGAGACAGACACCGAGAGAUGAGAUAGACACCGGAUGGGUGGGGGGGGGGGGAUGAGAUAGACAUCAGGGGGGAGAAUGAGAUAGACACCGGGGAUGAGACAGACUCUGAGGAAUAAUAUAGACUCACUGGGUUACUGUGGGAAAAGAUUCUGACAUCAAGUGUCUACAGGACCUUCACGUAUCAGACGCCCCUGAACCGUAGAAUGUGUUGAGAAAUCCUCCAUAAUGAUUGGAUCUACUCACUGGAUUACAUUUAUGCCUACUACAUUUUACAAACAGCAGUUGGGACAACAAAACAAUGGGGGACAUGAUCUGCAAGGAAAGGGUGGGACAUGAUUUACAAGGAAAGGGUGAGACAUGUUCUACAAGGGAUUGGGGACAUGAUCUACAAGGAAUAGGGGACAUGAUCUACAAGGAAAGGGUGGGACAUGUUCUACAAGGAAAGGGUGAGAUAUGAUCUACAAGGAAUAGGGGACAUGAUCUACAAGGAAUAGGGGGCAUGAUCUACAAGGAAAGGGUGGGACAUGAUCUACAAGGAAUAGG